AUGCUCCUAAACGGAGUGUGCCAAAGUCACAAGCACGCCCAGUUGCGGAAGGGAAGAAUCGGGCAACCACACCGAGUCACUCGAAUGUGGUCCAAGCCGGCCAAGCGGGACGGGAUAAAAACCCAUUACCGCAACCUGGUCUGCCUGGGGCCCGGGAUGACCCUAACCGGCAAGUCACCCGCAGAAGCUUUGUCUCUGGCCAAGACACCGCAGCCGCUAGAGCAAAAGCCCAACUCUGCUUCGAAGCGGGCAAACACCACCCUGACGCCUCCGACGGAAACGCCUAAGAGGCAGAAGCUCGAGGACGCACUACUGGAGGAAAUAGUCCUCUCCGGUUGGGAUUCUCCAAUCAAGUUUGGAGGAAUCCACUUCAGGGUGGGCCACCUGAUAGUGGACUGCCGCGACGCAACCACUGCUGAGUGGCUGCAAUCAGCAGUCGACAGCCUCAGUAAGUGGAGCGGUGUCUCCCUGGAGGUAAGGAUGGGCGACGACCUGCCAUCGUCACACAACAUCACCAACUUCUGCCCCAGGACAGGGGACAAAACAACAAAGUGGACCAUGGAAUUGAUCAAGAAACAGAAUGACUUGUACACUGAGAACUGGCGUCUCAUAUCAAGGAAGAAUGAGGGUGGUGGCUCGCUCCUCAGCCUUGGCAUUGAUGACAACUCAUGCGCCAAGAUUAUCUCUAGUGACCACAAGCCUAGCUUCAGGUUUGGAGACUCAGUUUGUGGUCUAAAGAAGGCCAAAGCGAUCAAAUCCGGCACAAGACAGGUUGAGACUCCUCAAAAUCCACCAGUCUCCGCGGAGAAUGAGAAGCCCAAUAAGCUCUUCGAAUCCAGCGAGGAUCUGGCGGAUGAUGAGGAUCUUGAUGCGACCAUCAUCGAGAUGGGGGAUCAGACCCCGUUAUCCUCCCAAGAGCUAGGCAUGGAACUAGACGUGCUGAGUAAGGAAGAAGCGAUACCGGUGGAUGGUGAUCUGGGUAUCUCCAGAUCAGCAACGCCGACGAUGAAGCCGAUCAUCUAA